AAACUACUUCCGGCAAAGGUAAAUGAAAAGAAUUUCUGCUAUUAUUUCGUAUUUUUGCAACGUUAAGAAAGUAACAUCUGCUUUAAAUGCUCUGUCACAAAAGAAUGUAAUAUUCUACGUACCAUUUCAUUCAGACGAUCAAGUACCUCUGUGGCGUAUUCUGACAGAUAAAGCUCAUCAUCAUAGGUAUCCUCAGCUUGUUAAGUUGUUGUCUGGAUGAGUUGGUUGUCAGUUAGGGACUAUGUCAGGUGUAAUACCUCCACCGCCGCCAGUGCCUCCACUACCUAAACCAUACAGUCUACCUCCUGAACUCCUGGAAGACGAUGAAUUUACAGAGAAAAGAUAUCAGAAAGAGUUGCAGUUUCUAAUGGUUGGCGCAAUAGAGAGGGGAGACACUAGACAUCUACAAGAACUUAUUGAUAAAGGAGUGAACACAAAUGCAACAAUUAUAUUGGUGAAAACCCCUCUCACUCAGGCAUUAGAACAAAAUGAAGUUUCGUACAGCAUUAUAGAAACGUUAUUAAAAGCUAAAGGUACAGAUCCUAAUCUAGCAGACUUUACUCCUUGGGGUUUAAGGCCAUUACAUAUUGUUGCUAAAGUGGGUCAGGUUGACUUGGCAAAACUGUUUCUGGAAGGGUGUAAGAAGUCAGAUUGUGACAUCAAUGCAGCAGAUAAAGGAGGAGCAACACCGUUACAUUUUGCCGCUAGAUACGGACACGUUGAUAUGGUAAAGUACCUGUUAGAAAACUCUGCUGACAUGUUAACAGCAGACGACUGUGGCAGAACUGUAUUACACCGGGCAUGCGAGUUUCAACACCGAGAUGUAGCUCAGAUUUUAAUAGAUAAAGGCAUUGAUGUGAAUAUAACCGAUAAUUACGGAUGGACACCUUUAUUUCACAGUAUUUUCUUUAGCAGUAAUUUAAUGGCUCAGUUCUUAAUAGAAAAUGGAGCAAGAGCAGACUUGCAUGAUUUAUAUGGUAAAACUCUUCUUGAACUUGCUUGUUACAACAAUAUUGCUCCGUUGCAUGAAGGUCAUCUUCCGGAGAAAGUUGCGUUAGCUACGUCUUUCAAUUUCUAUGAAAGGAGUAAGUCUAUUCCGUCAGAAGAGUUCCUGGACCUUAUUUAUGACUUAGAGCAGAGGUUUUUCCUGGAAGAUCAUGAAUGUUUCAGCUGUGUGAAAAUGUUAAUCAAUGCCGGAGCUGAUCCGAAAGAGUAUCCCUCAGAUGAAAUGGCUUGUAACACUUUUGGAGUUGAAGCAAAAAUCCGAGCUUACCUCAUUCUUGCGGGUGCUAUGUUAGAUCCUCGAGAUAUAUGGGUGACUGGAACAUUUCCGAACUAUCCCGACUGGCGAGCAAAAUGGUUUAAACAUCAAGUUUGUGAGCAGAUAAGUCUUUUCCGACAGUGCCGCUACAAGAUACGACAAUGUUUAGCACACACAAGAAACAUUGAUCUGACAAUUGAAAGCUUACCCAUACCAAAAGGCCUGAGAGAAAAGUUAAAGCUUGAUAAUGAUUUUGAAGGAUUUAUGCAAAUUGUAAAGGAAGGUUCCAAGUAGUUGUAUCUAUGGUGGCUAUCAAUUGUAAGAAAUAAGGAUAUGAAGUAGCGAUCGUGUUUUCCAAAUGUGUUUCAUCCAUUGACAUUUCCGAUAUAACAAUUUUAAUUGAAUUUAAAGUUGAUAUUUGUAGAUUUACGUUAAAGUUUUCAAAAUGUCGUAGACACUUCCAUUUGCAGUUAUUGAUUUAUAAACAGUGAAAAUGUAUUUGUACAGAAUUUAUUUUUAAAAAAGUAAUUGUUUCACAAAAAUAUUUUUGAAACUGAGCCUUCUUCUAUAAUCAAGCAGCAACAGUUUGGAGUGAUCUUAUCUGGUGUUCAUACAGUUAACUAAAGAUAAGACAGAUUUAUGAUGUUCGAGUGUUGUUUAUUUAUAAAAUUUUGAUAGUUUUACAUCUGGAUGUAUACCCAGUAAAGUUUCUGCGAAAUACUUUAAUUUUUUGCUGACUUUGGUGAAUUACAGCAGGUAUUUGUAUUUGCUUACAUUUUAUUGGUAGUUAAAGUCAACUUGUCUCCUUAAAUGAGAUUAGCGGAGGCAAAACCAACAAACCCUUACAUAAUAAUGUUAUGUGAUACAUAAUAUGUAUACUUUAAAAUGUUUGUCUUUCUUGUAAAUGUAAAAAAAGCAACUAUAUUUACAAUUUUUUAUAAGGAACAUUUAUUGACAAGUAUUUCGUAACUUACAUAACAGAAUCAGCAAUAACAACCACAAACAUUUAUUGUAGCUGUCCUUAUUUAGAUGAGAUUAUUUAUAUAGAAAUAUACUCGAUGUAACUAUAAUAAUGAACAAUUUUGAUACACUUAUCUUGUAAAAACUAUGUCAGUGAUCACACAGUUCUACAACUUUUGUCACACUAAGUCAUGGAAUGUUUAAGUAUACAUCUAUUGGAUUUAUAGAAAGUACCUUCUACCGUGAUUUGUGCCCCAUGUGGUUCUGGGACGAUCUGUGUAUGAAAAGAAUUGGAACCACUGCCUUACCCUUGUAUGAUCACAAGAGGCGACUAGUAGGGUCUUAACACUUGGUUUUGCAGUAACUCUGUGAUUCCAGCAGGUAUGCAAAUUUUGAUUCCAUACCUUAUAAUUUUAUUUCGAUGUAAAUGAGAUGUGGAACCAAAAUUUGAUAUUAUGAUAACAUGAUGCGACAACAUGACAAUCUGAUGCGACAUCAUGGUUACAUGAUGCAACAGCGCGACAACCCAGUGUAAUACUAGUACAUGAUACCAUGAUUUGAGAUUUCGAUAACAUUUUGAGAUUUCGAUUACAUGAAAACAUGCAACAGCAUGACAACAAUGCAAAUGUGCAAUAUUGAUGUCACACUGUUGACAAGACAGUAACACGAUUCUGCAGUUGCUCAGUGUUAAUUUCGUGCUAUCACAAUUUGUUGAUGUGCUGUUGUAUCAUGUUACGGGUUUUCGAACUGUCAUUUCAUGUUUUUGUAAUAUCGUCUUUACCGCUGCAAAGGUUUGUAAUUUGAUGAUACAAUGAUCGUGUUAUUGAAGAUAACGGGUUAAAAAGAAGAAAGGUAAAAAUCUGCUGCUAACACAUUAAGGGAAUAUACAUGUUGGGCAAAUUCAUUCAUAUUUUCAUUUGGGGAUUGCUAUUAUGAGAUAAACAUGCACAUGCAGAUCUGUUGUGUUUAAAUAUGCUACAGUAAGUAUGGUGGAUUAUCUAAAAGGUCAGCUAGAGCAAUUAAAGAGUAUAUAUGCCACCAUUAUAUGGUUUGAACCGUUGAAAGAAAUUGUUGAAUGGCAGGAAUGUUGAAAGUUUGUUUUGCAUUUUUGUGGCCCCCAAAACUUUUGGGAGGGCACUUAUUGCCCAUGUAUAAGUGCCCAUGUCUGUCCGUUCGAAUUUGUGUCGUGCUUAACUCAAAAAAUAUUUGACCCAGUCAUCAUGUAAAGUUGUGCACCUGAUAUAUAUUAAUUGGAAUUUCACACAAUCAGAGAAGAGUAAUCAGAAAUAAGUAUAAAAAGGGCCCGAAAGAUUGUGUCGCAUGUACCUCAAAAAGUAUUUGAUCCAGGAUUAUGAAACGUUAUAGGAAUGAUAUUCAUCAUGUGAAAUGGUGCACCUGUUUUUUUUCUGAGAAUACAUUCAGUCAGACCAGAGCUAUGAGAGCUGACUUAGUUAAAAAUAUGCAUUAAGGGCAUAAAAGGUUGUGUCCCAUGUAUCUCAAGAAAUGUUUGACCUAGAGUCAUAAAACAUCAAGGGAUUGUUACGUAGCAUGUGAACUUGUGCAUCUUGUGCUCUGUUUGGGAUUUCAACCAGCCAGAGCAGAGUUAUGGUCCUUGACUUUGUGAAAAGUACACAUAAAAUUCUUAAAAACUUACGUUGCUUAUACCUUAAAACUUUUUCACCUAGUCAUGAAACCAUGUAAGUGACAGAAAGUGUUGGGAGGGCAAGAGUGUCGUAUGGACGCGCAUCUAGUUGUUGUUGACUUUAUAUAUACAUAUUGUUUUGUCAUUUUUUAUCAAUUUGUGUGCAAUCUAUUGCAUUGUUGUUUUACUGGUUGAUGUAUUAUAUUAUACAAUAAAUCCUUG